GAUACAGCUAAAAUCCUAAUAACUAGUGAGUGGAUGUGUGGUUUCCUGUAAGCCCAAUCAUAUUGUUUUGUGUGCCACAGGGGGAGGAGACAGGCAGAAAUCACCUCCCCCAUGACUCCACAGCCACAAUAAAACAUGCGGCGGUUAUUCAAACUGGCAGCAGAACUAGUUCUUCAUACACCAACUAAUUCUUAUUCAGAUGAGUUAAUCUUCCAACAAAGACGUGCAACAGUGUCUAUUUAGAGAACUGGAUUUUUACUCAAUUCAUUCUGCUGAGAAAAUAACUACACCCGUCUUGGAGCAUCAGUUAUUCCUCUUUUAAGGACAAUAACAUUUGGAAUAAAAGUUCAUAUUCUGAUUCUUAUUCAUCCACCCCCCCCCCCCCCAAUCUGCAGUGGAUUUUUAUCUCUGAGCAAUGGUGCUGCUUGAAGAUCAGGAAUGUGGGGUCUGUUACCUACGUUAUUCCCGUACAGACCGCACUCCCAGAAUGCUGCACUGUAACCACACAUUCUGCACAUCCUGUUUGGAGACAAUGGGACUUUAUUACAGUGGUCUGCGCACCAUUCGCUGUCCUCUUUGUCGCCAGGUGACCUGUUUGGACCGUGGGCUUAGUUUGCAGGAGGCGCUUUUUGUCGAUAGCCGACUGUGGGACCGCAUUUUUGACAACGAAGAGGAGGCAGAGGAUGAGAGAGAGCAGGAAAAGGAGGAAGAGGGGGAAAACUGUGAAACACAGGUGCUUCCCUCAACAAAGGCUAAAAGUCCAGUUCCAAAAGAACAGAGACAUAAGCUUCGGCUCCCAUCUUUUCUGAAGAGAAUGGUUUUCUUUAAGCACCCUGAAGAGAGGAUUGUUCCCAGCUGCAAUGUAAAAAUGAUGUCAUGGCGAAAGCUUUAAUCAGAAGAGAAGUACACACAGACUCUGUAAACACUGGAUCAACAGUAUGAAUGGACUUUCUCCAUCUGUUUUGCUCCUGUUAUUAAAUCGGUAUGCUAUGUGCUAAUUAAGCCCAUCACGCCGAAAAAGCCGAAGCAUCAGUCAGCUCUGGACAAGGUCGCUUAAACAAAUACAUACCCCUCCGUGUGUUUCUCUGAUGACAUUUUCCACUUGAAUAGCUGCAAGUCUAAAUCCUGCGCUUCCAUCCGAGGGGAACUUCUCAUUAGAUAUUCCACAUUUAAUCCAUCCCAGCUGUCCCGAGAGAGAGAGAGAGAGAGAGAGAGAGAGAGAGAGAGAGAGAGAGAGAGAGCCCAGAUGCGAAACAACACUUGGAGCAGAUGGCAUCUUAAGAAAGACUUUCACCUGAUUCAAAUCACCCCCAUGGCUCAAACUGACUC